AUGCCACUAGACGAUGCACUCGAAUCCCCCCUCGGCCAUAUCGACAACGACAACGACGACAACAUUGACGAGCGCAAUGGUCUCGGCAAUCUAUCCCUCCCACAACCCUCCCAACACCAUUCCCUGAAGUACUCCCUCCUAGGCCCUUCUCUGACAAAGGCCGGUCAAGAUGCCGUUGAUCAAAAGAAGGUCUCCGAGAUAAUAUAUGAGGCCUCGAAAGGCUCAAAGUUCUUCAAUAACGAAGAAGUCAGGGAUCAGAACCUCACUGUCAAAAUUGAUCGUAUCUUGAAACUCAAGGCCCAGUUGGAGAAGCUUGAUCUCAAAUCCGACCUACGCCGUGCUGAUGAUUACAUUGCCUCUCUCGAGUUAUCCAGGGAUCUGUCUCAAUAUGUCGUACACAUUGAUUGCGACGCUUUCUAUGCUGCUGUGGAGGAAAUCGAUCGCCCAGACCUGAAGAAUAAACCAAUGGCUGUGGGUGUGGGUGUCCUAACAACAUGCAAUUAUGAAGCCCGAAAAUACGGCUGUCGAAGUGCUAUGGCUGGCUUUGUUGCAAAGAAGUUAUGCCCAGACUUGAUCUGUCUACCACUGAAUUUUGAUAAGUACACAGCCAAAGCUAAAGAGGUCCGAGCCAUCCUCGCUGAAUAUGACCCUCGAUUCGAAAGUUCCAGCAUCGAUGAAGCCUACUUGAACAUAACCGAGUAUUGUGAUACUCACCACUUGGCUCCUGAAGAGGCCAUUCAACAAUUGAGAAAUCAAGUUCGGGAAAAUUGCAAAAUCACAAUCUCAGCAGGUAUAGCCCCGAAUGCCAAAAUCGCAAAGAUCUGCUCCAACAAGAACAAACCGAACGGGCAAUUUCGUGUGCCCAACGACCGGGCUGCUGUCAUGGCCUUCAUGUCUGGCCUAUCAGUUCGCAAAGUCAAUGGGGUGGGCCGCGUCUUUGAGCGAGAGCUUGAUGCAAUUGGUGUUAAAACAUGUGGGGAUAUCUACAUCCACCGAGCCUACCUUAACAGAUUGUUUGGAGAAAAGGCCUUUCAGUUCUUGAUGCAAACCCAUCUGGGUCUGGGUCGGACAAGUGUUCAACCGGCUGAAGAGUCAGAGCGAAAAAGUGUUGGUACUGAGAGUACGUUCCGCGAUAUCAGCAGUAAAACAGAGCUUCGAGAGAAACUUCGUCACACGGCAGAAGAGCUCGAAAAAGACAUGGCUCGGGUUCAAGUCAAAGGCCGAACGCUUGUCCUCAAGAUCAAACUUCAUACCUAUGAAGUAUUCACCAGACAAGUCGCUCCACCAAAAGCGGUACAUCUCGCGGAUGACCUCUACAAUUAUAGUCUUCCAAUGUUAGCAAAGCUUGAAAAAGAAAUGCCUGGCUUCAAACUUCGCCUAUUAGGUCUUCGAUGCACCCAUCUGAUUAGUACCAAGAAGGACAAGCCAGACUUUUUUCGACGGAGGCCGGCCAAUAGCUGGGCAACUGAAAAACCAAUAUCGGACGAUGAUCAGUGGGAAGUUUGGCCCGAUUCUGAAUUCGAAGAGGCAGCACGUCAAGAGCAACAAGAAGAAAUGGAAGAGUUGCACCGUCUUAGUCAAGAACAAGAACAAAAUCAAUCAGAAGACCCUAUAAUAUCGACUGCAGAUUGGCAUGAGCCCUUUGGUCGCUACAAAUAUGGUAGCGAACCCAACUCGCCAGCGAAGCAUGGGCGUCUCCCGAAUGCAGCGGCUGUUAUCCCUGAGUUAAAGAGCGAACCACUGUGGGACUGUCCCAUAUGCCACCUACCCCAGCCUGCUACGGAUAAGGCUUUCAAUGACCACAUUGAUUCAUGCCUGUCCCGACAGACGAUCAAAGAGGUAGUUGCCCAAGCAGAAGCCGAUACAGCGGUUGGACCUUCGAUACCACUCCUCAAUAAGACGAACUCCAUUGAUUCGGCACGAGCAUCUCCAGAGACUUCUUCCAAUUCAACGACGCGAAAAGUGGACAGUGGGGUCAAACGAAAGAACUCGGCUCCCGGCGACACGCAGAGAAAGCAGAAAAGAUUGUUCUUCACAUGA